AGCCCAAACCUGCAUUUAUAAACCAGGAAAAGGUCCCGAAGGAGGUGAAUGCUAUCCUGGCAGAAAGUGCCACCCUCAGCUGUGAGGUAGCAGAGGAUGCAACUGAAGUGAAAUGGUACAAGGAUGGAAGACUGCUUGUUUCCUCUAGAAAAUUCAAAAUAGAAACUGUGGGCAAAACUCGACGCCUAGUUGUAGAGCAGCUGGAGAAGAAAGAUGCUGGGGAAUAUGUCUGUGAGGCUGCAGGCCAGAAGUUGAUGUUCAAACUGCAACCAACUGAACCAGUGGCUAAAUUUGAAAAGAAAGUAGUCCAGAAGGAGCCUCUCAUUGUUCAAGAACAUGAAAGUAUCACGCUGACUACUUCAGUAACUCCUGAAACUGCUGCAGUAAAGUGGUUCAAGGAUGGAACAGAAAUUAAGGCGAGCAAGAAAUGUGUGAUCAAGAGUGAGGGAACAUCCAGGACCCUGACAGUGAACCUGGCUGAUAGCACAGACACAGCUGUGUACACCUGCCAGACAAAGGACGACAAGCAGGAAUUCAAAGUACAGGUGAAAGAAAUCCCAGUGAAGUUUGCCAAAAAGCUUGAAGCUGUUAAAGCUGAAAUUGGAGGCAGUGUCUCUCUGAGCUGUGAGGUGAGCCAUGCCAAAGGGAAGGUGGUGUGGUGCAGGAAUGGAGUUGAGAUCAAGCCCACCAAACGUUUCCAGAUUCAUGAGGAGGGGAUCAAACGGACACUGACAAUAACAGGGAUCAGGGCUGAGGAUGAGGGAGAGUACUCCUGUGAGUCCAGAGAUGACAAGAGCAGCAUUACCAUCACCCCUAAAGCUCCCAGAGUGGUGAAAUUCGUUACAAGUCUCAACAGUGUGGUCUCUGAGGAAGGAAAAGAUGCUGUGUUCAAGUGCACUGUCUCUCCCAGUGAUGCUGUGGUCACUUGGUUCAGGAAUGGUGUCAAGAUUGAAGCCAGCAAGAAGUAUGUGAUCUCACAGAAGGAUACUAACCACAGCCUCACCAUCACUGACCUGACGCUGGAAGACACAGCUGAAAUCUCUGCCAAUGCUGAGGGUGUAGAAAGCACAGCCAACCUCAGAGUCCGAGAGGCUUCAAUCUCAUUUAAGAAGAAACUGGAGCCCAGAACAGUUGAAGAGAGGGAGACAGUGACCUUGGAGGUAGAGCUGACCAAGCCUGCAGAGGUGAAGUGGAUGAGGAACAGCAUCGUAUUGAAGCCCAGUGACAAAAUAGAGAUCAAAGCUGAGGGAACAAAGCAUACCUUAGUGGUUAAGGACAUCUCCUUUGCAGACAGGGGCUUCUACUGCUGUGAGAGUCCUGAUGACACGACACAAGCCAAGAUCAAUGUAGAAAUGAGACAGAUCAAGUUGGUGAAAGGCCUUCAGCCCCUCAAAGUUGCUGAGAAAGGGACUGUCACCUUUGAGGUGGAGGUGUCUCAUGAGGAUGUGGAAGGGACCUGGCAAAAGGAUGGCGUUCGGCUGAAGCCUGCACCCAGUAUCAGUAUUGGUGUCCUGGGGAAGAAACAUACUCUGACUCUUUCUUCAGUGGCUCUUGAAGAUGCAGGACUCAUCUCCUUCAAAGCAGAGGGCAUUAAUUCAUCAGGGAAACUCACCGUGACAGAAUUGCCUGUGAGAAUCAGCAAACCUUUGGCAGAUGUCAGUGUAACUCAGAAGCUCAAGGCCACAUUUGAGUGUGAGCUGUCCAGGCCCAAUGUGGAUGUUAAAUGGUUCAAGGAUGGGAAGGAGAUCCAGCAAAGUAAAAACGUGGGGAUUAUUUCCCAGGGUAAUAAGAGAAGCCUCAUUAUUCACAAGUGUGAAUAUGAAGACCAGGGAACCUAUACGUGUCAAGUAGCUGAAGACAAGACAUCAGCCACUCUAAAGGUUCAUGCCCGAGAUGUCAAGAUUGUAAAACCACUGGAAGAUGUGGAAGUGAAUGAAUAUGAGAGUGCAUCUUUCACCUGUGAGAUUUCACAUGAUGAGGUCGAAACGCAGUGGUACAAAAACAACAACAAGCUGAAAGCUGCUGAUAAUAUUAAAAUGCGUCAGGAAGGAAAGACCUAUUCACUGACUUACAUGCGUGUCCACGUCGAAGAUGCAGCAGAGAUCAAAUUUGUAGCAGAAAAGGCAGAAUCUCGUGCUCAGCUGACUGUAAAAGAGCUGCCUGUAAAAAUCGUGAAGCCUUUGCGAGAUAAGAUUGCCCUUGAAAAGCAUCGUGGAUUCCUGGAGUGCCAAGUGUCUCGUGCCAACGCCAAAGUUCGAUGGUACAAAAAGGAUGUGGAAAUCCACCCCAGUGCCAAAUAUGAAAUUGUAAGUGAUGGUGUCUAUCGGAAACUCAUCAUCAAUGAUGCAGACUAUGAAGAUGAGGACACAUACACAUGUGAUGCCUUUGAUGACAGAAGCAGUGCUAAUUUCUUCGUUGAAGAGCAAGCCAUUAAUAUUGUAAAAGAGUUGUGUGAUGAGGAUGUGACUGAACCUGAAGAAGCCAAUUUUGAAUGUGAGACAUCCAUUCUAUCUGUGAAACCCCCCAAAUGGUUUCUACGUGGAGAAGCCUUACAGGCUGGCAGAAACAUCAUCAUGCAGCAGGAAGGAACCAUCCACAGGCUGACAAUAGUGAAAACGAGUGCUGAUAUGACAGGCGUCAUCCAGUUCUCCAUUGGCAAAUCAAAAUCCACAGCAAACCUGCUUGUCAGAGAUUACCACAUACAGAUCACCAGGAAGCUGGAGGACAAGACUGUCCUGGAGCGCCACUCAGCCAUCAUGUCUUGUGACUUCAGGCCUUCCCCAAAGAUUGUGAAGUGGUUCAAGGGUCACGUGCUCAUUGAGCCAUCUGAGAAGUACAAAAUCAAACGGGAGCAGUAUUCAGCAGAGCUCAAGAUUUUGAAGGUGAAGCCUGAAGAUGCUGGUGUGUACAAGUGCAGGGCUGGCAUUGCUGAGACCGAAGCCACACUGACUGUUGAAGCUCGCAAUGUAGAAGUCCUCAAACACCUGCAGGACGUGGAAAUUGAAGAAGACAGUUCUGCUGUCUUCUCCUGUGAGUUGUCCCACGAUGACGAGGAUGUGGAGUGGUUCCUCAAUGGCACCCUCCUUUACACUAACAAUUUCAAUGACAUCAAGAGUGUUGGCAAAUGCUACACACUGACAAUGAAGCAGGUCAAGCCUGAGGAUGCUGGCACAGUGACAAUGAAAUCAGACAAAGUGUCGGAGACCGUGCGUCUGAAGGUGAUAGAGAAACCUGCUGUGUUCAUGAAAUCCCUGGAUGAUGUUUUCGGUGAGGAGCGAGGUGUGAUUAAACUGGAAUGUGAAGUCUCCAAAGAGAAGGUUAAACCUAUUUGGAAAAAGGAUGGUGUGAAGCUUACUUCUAGCAACAAGUAUGAGGAGAUACAGUCUGGGAAGACCCUGUGCCUCCUUAUCCAUGACCUUGAAAAGACAGAUGCAGGAUUAUACACUUGUGACAUUGGCACUGAUGUUGCCAAGUCAAAGGUCAGCGUUCAGGAACUGAACAUUGGCAUCACCAAAAGGCUGAAGAACACUGAAAUCCAUGUGGGAGAAGAUUGCACUUUUGAGUGCAUUUUGUCCCAUGAAAGCAUUGAUGAGUUCAACUGGACACUGAAUGGGAGAAAAGUGGACAGUGGAGGGCGAUUUAAAGCCUCCAACAUGGGUCGGAAAUACACACUCAAUAUCAAAAGUGUGAUUCCUGAUGAUGCUGGGGAAGUUGUUUUCACUGCCCGUGGUCUAACCUCCAAAGCUUCUCUAAUUGUGAAAGAAAAACCUACUGAGGUUACAAAACAGCUGGAGGAUAAAACAUCACCAGCAGGGCAGGACAUCAACUUGAGCUGUGAACUGUCCAAACCUGAUGUGAACAUCAGGUGGUACAAGGAUGGCAAAGCAAUCCGAAAAAGCCAGAAAUAUGACCUGAAGCAAGAGGGCACAAGGGCCAUUCUGAUAAUCCAUGACUCCACAGUCAAGGACAGUGGGGAGUACACCUGUGAGACAGAGGUCUCUAAAACGACAGCCAGGAUCACAGUACAAGAAAAACCUAAUUAUUUUGUCAAGGAACUUUCAGACCUGAAAGUUGAUGAAAGUGGAACUGCAGUUUUUAUGUGCCAGAGUGAGAGACCUGCAUCCUCUGUGGUCUGGAGGAAAGGCAUCGCUGAACUCAGGGUUGGCAGGAAAUAUGAGAUCACACAGGAAGGACAAGUCCUCCAGCUGACCAUCAAGAAUUUGGAGAAAAGUGACAGUGACACUUACAGUUGUGACAUUGGUGAUGCCCAGUCCAGAGCCAAGCUGGUUGUGCAAGGCCAGAAAGUGCUAAUAACAGAAGACCUGGAAGAUGUCACUGUGUUAGAAGGAGAGUCUGCCAUGUUCAAGUGCAGAAUCUCUCCUGUAAACUAUAGCAAAGUGCAGUGGUUUUUGGAUAAAACCCCACUCCAUACCAAUGAACUUAAUGACAUCCAGUCUCAGCCUGGUGGAUAUCACUUGCUAACGUUGAAAAAGCUCUCACUGAAGGACUCGGGGGUCAUUACAUUUGAAGCUGGUGAUAAGAAAACAUCUGCCAGUUUGGUUGUUAAAGAAGCACCAGUUCUUUUCAAGCAAGAGCUCCAAAAUGAAGAAGCUAAAGAAGGAAAACAAAUUAAGCUGACCUGUGAGCUCAGCAAACCUGGUACCCCAGUGAAAUGGAUGAAAGGAGACACUGUUCUCUAUGCCAGUGAGAAGUAUGAAUUUAAGCAGCAUGGAACUGUGGCAGAGCUCAUUAUUCGAGAUGUGAAAUCAGUAGAUGCUGGGGACUACACCUGCAGCACUGGGGAACUGAAGACCACUGCUCGGGUGAAAGUGAAUGCUGUGCCUGUCCUUUUUAAACGAGCCCUGGAGAACACGGAAAUGGAAGAAGGGAAAUCUGUCUCCUUGCGCUGUGAACUCACAAAAACCGAUGCCACCGUGGUGUGGAAGAAGGGAGAAGCCACGCUCCAGGCAAGUGCCAAAUAUGAAAUGAAGCAGAAGGGGACAGUGGCAGAGCUGGUGAUUCAUAAUGCAGAGCCAGAAGAUGCGGGAAGAUACACCUGUGACACUGGAGACCAGCAGACCACAGCCCAAGUCAAAAUCCAUGCUGUCUCUGUGCUCUUCAAAGAAGAGCUGAAGCAUGUGGAAGCUGUGGAAGGUGGGACAGCCACCCUGCAAUGCCAGCUGAGCAGAGAGGCUCCUGUGGAGUGGAGGAAGGGGCACACUCUUCUCCGGCCCAGUAACAAGUACAAGAUGAGGCAGGAAGGCACAGUCACUGAGCUGCUGAUCCACGAUCUGGACCCAAAGGAUGCUGGAGACUAUACAUGUGUAGUGGGGAACCAAAAAACCACAGCAGCCUUGUCAGUGAAUGCCUUGCCUAUCCUCUUCCAAGAAGAAUUGAUGAACAAGGAAGCUACAGAGGGCCAAGCAGUCACUUUGCACUGCAAACUAAGCAAAUCAGCCCCGGUUGAGUGGAGAAAGGGGAAUAUGGUCCUCAAGUCAAGUGAAAAAUACAAAAUAGAGCAGGAAGGUCCCUUUGCAGAGCUGACGAUCCAGGAUUUGGAUUUGACAGACACUGGUGACUACAGCUGUGUGUGUGGAGAUCAACAGACUACAGCUGCUUUGACAGUAAAUGUCCUGCCUGCUCUUUUCACCAAAGAACUGACAGAUGAAGAAGGCACUGAAGGUAAAAGUGUCUCUCUGCACUGUGAACUCAACAAGGCUGCUGCUAACGUGGAGUGGAAGAAGGGAUUCAAGACCCUCAAGACAAGUGACAAAUACAAAAUGAAACGGGAAGGUGUCAUUGCUGAGCUUAUAAUCCAAAAUCUAGACAUGAAGGAUGCUGGAAAUUAUUCCUGUGUGUGUGGAGACCAGCAGACCAUGGCAGUUUUAACAGUACAUGCUUUGCCUGCAUUUUUCAAAGAAGGGUUGAAGAACAGGGAAGCCACAGAUGGAGCAACAGCUACUCUGCACUGUGAGCUGAGCAAGGUCGGUGUCCCCGUGGAGUGGAAAAAAGGGGAUAAAAUACUCAAACCAAGUGAUAAGUACAGGAUGAGACAAGAAGAAACUGCUGCAGAGCUGCUGAUCCGAGAUCUGGAGGUAGAAGAUACAGGAGAAUAUACCUGUGUAUGUGGUGAUCAGAAGACCUCAGCUGUCUUGACAGUCCAUGCUUUGCCUGCACAAUUCAAAAAAGAGCUUGUCAGUCUGGAAGCCACAGAGAACAGGACAACAGUUCUGCAGUGUGAGUUGACCAAACCUGCUCCAGUGGAGUGGAGGAAAGGGCAAGAGGUGCUCAAACCUAGUGAGAAGUACAAAAUGAGACUGAAGGAUACAAUUGCUGAGCUGACAAUCCACAAUCUGGAGGAACAAGAUGCAGGAGAUUACACAUGUGUGUGUGGAGACAAGAUGACUACUGCUUCCCUGACAGUGCAUGCCCUUCCUCCACAUUUUAAAAAAGAGUUGAAGAACGUGGAAGCCAUAGAAAAUGGCACAGCCACUUUCUGCUGUGAACUGAACAAGCCUUCAGCUGCCGUGGAAUGGAAAAAAGGAGACAGAGCCCUGGGGACAAAUGACAAGUUCACCACGAGAUGUGAGGGAACAAUUGCUGAGCUGGUGAUCCGUGAUUUAAAUCUGACAGAUGCUGGAGAUUACACAUGCUGUUGUGGAGAUCAGAAAACCACGGCUGUGCUAAAAGUCAAUGCCUUGCCUGCAUACUUCAAGGAAGAGAUGAGGAAUGAAGAAGCCACAGAAGGUGGAACUGCCACUCUCCUGUGUGAGCUCUCUAGGGCUGCCUCUGUGGAGUGGAAAAAGAAACACAAAGUGCUCAAAUCGAGUGAAAAAUAUACUAUGAGGCAGGAAGGCACUACAGCCCAGCUGCUGAUCCAUGAUUUAGAAGUCAAGGAUGCUGGGGAAUAUACCUGUGUGUGUGGAGAGGAGAAGACAACUGCAGCACUGACAGUGCAUGCCCUUCCUGCUCUCUUCAAAGAAGAGUUAAGAGAUGAGGAAGCCGAGGAGGGUAAAGCAGUCACUCUGCACUGUGAGCUGACCAAGAGUGCUUCAGUGGAGUGGAAAAAGGGACACACAGUGCUCAAACCUAGCGAGAAAUACAAAAUGAGGCAGAAGGAUGUCACUGCAGAACUGGUGAUCCAUAAUCUAACUGAGAGUGAUGCUGGUGAUUACACCUGUGUGUGUGGGGAUAAGCAGUCCACAGCUUCCUUAGCAGUACACGUGCUACCUGCAGGCAUCAAGGAGAGCCUGAAGGACGAGGAGGUAACGGAAGGCCAAGUGGCCACUCUGCGCUGUGAGCUGACCAAGGCUGCUCCAGUAGAGUGGAGAAAGGGCAGCAGUCUGCUCAAAGUCAGCAACAAGUACAAAAUGAGGCAGGAGGGCACAGUCAUGAAGCUGCUAAUCCAUGAUGUAGAACUGAAAGAUGCUGGAGAAUACACGUGUGUGUGUGGAGAACAGGAGACAACAGCUGCCUUGAUAGUGCAUGCCCUGCCAGCACUUUUCAAAGAAGACCUGAAGGACCUGCAAGUCACAGAAAGCCAAACAGCCACUCUGCGCUGUGAGCUGACCAAGGCUGCAGCUGUGUCAUGGAAGAAAGGAAACAAAAUACUCAGGGCAAGUGAAAAAUACAUCAUGCAGCAGGACAAUGUCCUUGUUGAGCUGGAGAUCCGUGAUCUAGAGCUGCAGGAUGCAGGAGACUAUACCUGUGUGUGUGGAGAUCAGCACACCACAGCAUCUCUGACAGUGAAGGCCCUGCCAGUGCUUUUCAAGGAAGAACUGAAGAAUGAAGAAGUCCAAGAAGGAGCAUCAGUCACUCUGCAUUGUGAAUUAACCAAAGAAGCUCCAGUGCAGUGGAAUAUAGGGCCCAAAGUGCUCAAAGCAAGUGAAAAAUAUCAAAUGAGACAGUCUGGCACCACUGCAGAGCUGGUCAUUUGUGAUCUAGAAGUAAAAGAUGCUGGAGAUUACACCUGUGUAUGUGGUGACCAGAAGACAACAGCAACCUUGACAGUUCAUGCUCUGCCACCACUCUUUAAGGAAGAGCUAAAGGACAAGGAGGCAGAAGAAGGUGGAGAAGUUGCCCUGCACUGUGAACUCACCAAGGCUGCUCCGGUGGAGUGGCUGAAGGACCAGAGGAUUCUCAAACCCAGUGAGAAAUACAAAAUGAGGCAGGAAGGGACCAAGGCAGAGCUGGUGAUUCAUGAAAUAGCUGAGGAAGAUGCAGGAGACUACACCUGUGUGUGUGGAGAGCACCAGACUACAGCUGUCUUAACAGUACAGGCUGUGCCUCCAUUUUUCCAAGAAGAAAUGACCAGCAAGGAAGCCAUGGAAGGCGGAACAGCCACUUUGCACUGUGAGCUCAGCAAAGCAUGUGCCCACGUCCAGUGGAAGAAGGGCCACCAUGCCCUCACCUCAGACAACAAGUACAGCAUGAGACAGGAAGGCUGUGUUGUGGAACUGGUGGUUCAUGACUUAGAGCUGAAUGAUGCUGGAGAUUAUACCUGUGUGUGUGGAGACAAGACCACUACAGCUGCCUUAACCGUGCAUGCUCUGCCUCCAGAAUUCAAAAGAGCCCUGAAGGACCUUGAAGCUGUAGAAAAUGGUACAGCUGCUCUGCACUGUGAGCUGACGAAACCUGCUGUGGUGGAGUGGAAGAAGGGACAGGAGUUGCUCAAAGCAAGCAGCAAAUAUAAAAUGAGUCAAGAUGGUGCUGUUGUAAAGCUGAUUAUCCAUGAGCUGGAUGUGGAGGAUGCUGGAAAUUACACCUGUGUGUGUGGAGAUCAGCAGACAACUGCCACUCUGAGAGUCAAUGCUCUACCAGCACUUUUUAAACAAGAACUUCAGAACACCGAGGCAGAAGAAGGUGGUACAGCAACACUGAAGUGUGAGCUUACCAAACUCAAGGCUCCAGUAGAGUGGAGGAAAGGGGAUAUUACUCUCUACCCUGGUUUGAAGUAUGAGAUGAAGCAGCAGGGCUCCACUGCUGAACUGGUCAUUUAUGACUUAGAACUAGAUGAUUCGGGAAUGUACACCUGCGACUCUGGACAUCAACAGACAACGGCUGUGCUGACUGUACAUGCACUGCCUGUCACAUUUAAGCAACCCCUACAAAAUAAGCAAUCUGAGGAAGGCAGCACAGUCACAUUCUGCUGUGAGCUGUCGAAACCCAGUGCUGAAGUGGAAUGGAGGAAAGGAGGAAUGGGGCUGCAACCCAGCCAGAAAUAUGAAAUGAGACAGAGGGAAUGCCUGGUAGAGCUCUUAAUACAUAAUCUCAAAUUAGAAGAUACAGGAGAAUACAGCUGUGAUACUGGGGAUCAGGAAACCAAGGCUGCUUUGAACGUGAAAGCUCUGCCAGUUCUUUUCAAAAAGGAGCUCAAAGAUGAGGAGGCAGAAGAAGGAGCUGCGGUGAAAUUCCAGUGUGAGCUGACAAAGGAUAACGCGACAGUGGAGUGGAGGAAAGGCACCAUGGAGCUCUUCCCAUGUGCCAAAUAUGAAAUGAAAUUACAUGGUCACACAGCUGAACUUGUGAUUCAUAAUGUAGAACCAGAGGAUGCCUCUGAUUACACAUGUGACACAGGAGACCAGCAGAGCACAGCAGUCCUCAGAGUGAAUGCCAUCAAGCCCAAACUGAAGCAGCAGCUGAAGAAUGAAGAAGUGGAAGUGGGAGGAACAGCCAGGCUGCGCUGUGAGAUUUCCAUCAGCAAAGCAGAAGUGGAGUGGAGGAAAGAUGGAGUUGUCCUUCACUCCAGCUCCAAGUAUGAAAUGUGGCAGGAUGGGACCCUCCGUGAGCUCCGUGUUCAUCACCUGGAGCCUGGUGAUGCUGGAGAAUAUUCCUGCAAGGCUGGAGACGAGAUGAGUUCUGCCAAACUGACCGUGAAAGAGCCUGAUGUGACCAUUGUGAGUGGCCUGAAGGACAUGGUGGUGUUUGAAGGGGAUGAUGUCACAUUCCGGUGUCAGGUUUCUCAUGAGAAUGCAAGGGAUGUCGAAUGGAAGCUACAGGAUGUUGCUCUGCAAAAUAAUGAAAUGAAUGAGAUCUCAGUGGAAAAAGGAAAGAUUCACACCCUGACAUUAAGGAAGGUGACUGAGCAGGACAUUGGCACCAUCACUUUCCGUGUGGGACAUCACACGUCGACAGCAGAGCUCACAGUGAAAGAAUCAGCAGCAACCAUCGUGGAGAUGCUGAAGGAUGUCACAUCGUGUGAAGGAGAAGAUGCAGUGUUUGAAUGCAGACUGUCCCGGGAAACAACUCAGGAUGCCCAGUGGUUCCUGGGGGAUGUUCCCCUGCAAUCCAAUGAAAUGAAUGAGAUCAGAGUACAAGGGACACGUCACAGUUUGAUCCUGAGGAAGGUGACCCAAGAAGACUGUGGGACCAUCAGUUUCAAAGUCGGGCAGCACACCUCAGCAGCACAGCUAAAGGUCCAAUCCAAGAACAGCAUUGUCCAGGGCUUGGAGAACGUGGAAGCUGUGGAAGGAGGGGAAGCCCUGUUUGAGUGCUAUCUCUCCAAGCCUGAGACCUACAAUUAUAACUGGUUGAUUGAUGAUGAACCUGCCAAAACUACAGAAAACACUGAGAUGGUUUACUUUGAAAAUGGACUCAGGCAUAUUCUGCUGAUGAAGAACCUAACUCCCCAGGACAGCUGCAGGGUGACCUUUAUGUGCAGUGACGCAGUAACCUCAGCCUUCCUGACAGUGAAAGGAUGGCGCCUACAGUUCUUGCAGCCUCUCAUGGAUGUGGAAGUCUCUCUGGGGGAGAAAGCAACAUUUAGCUGUGUUCUAAGUGAAGCUGUGCCAAUUAAUGAAGUGGCCUGGUAUAGUAAUGACAUAGAGAUCCAGUCGGGUGAGGAUUGGGAGGUACAAGCAGAUGGAAACAAAUACAAACUUAUUCUCAAAAAAGCCCAACUGCAUCAUUCUGGAGAGGUGACCUUUGCUUCCAGGGAAGCAAUAGCAUCAGCCAAGUUAUCUGUGAUAGCCCACCCUGAUCCACCUGAAGAACCAGAAGUUUUAAGUAAGAGCAGCCACUCUGUCACUCUGUCUUGGUACAAGCCGCUGAGCGACGGCGGUUGUGACAUCCUGGGCUACAACGUGGAGAGGAAAAUCCCAGGGAUUGGCUGGCAGUCCUGCAGCAAGGGCAUUAUUCAAAACAUGGAGUUUACAGUGGAUGGUCUUGCCCCAGGUGAACCUUACAGAUUCCGUGUCUCAGCCAUAAAUAAAGUGGGGGCCAGCGAGCCAGUGCACUUCCCUCAGAUGGUGCAGCUAGAGCCUCCACUUACAGUCACCCGUCCUUUGGUGGGAGGAUCAGUCUCAGAAGGGGGAGUGGCUCACUUGGAGUGCACAUUAUCAGGUGAAACUAAGGAGAAAGUGACAUGGUUCAAAGGAAAAGAACAAAUAAAAGCUGGAGGGAGAUAUGAGAUCCUCUCUGAUGGAAAAAAGCAGAUACUCAUUAUUCAUGGAUUUAAACCUGAAGACCAGGACAGCUAUACCUGCAUGGCUUCUCCAGAAGUCAAAUCUGUUGCCAGCCUGUCUCUUGAAGGUAUAACCCCUGCAAGCCAGACAGAAGAGAUGGUGGAUGGCCAUGUCCAGCCCAGAUUGCCCCCUGAGGCUGCUCAGGAGGGAGAUCUGCAUGUCCUGUGGGAAGCCCUGGCCAAGAAACGUCGGAUGAGCCGGGAGCCCACCUUGGAUUCCAUCAGUGAGUUGCCUGAAGAGGAUGAGAGGCUGCAGAAGCUGAGGAAGGAGGAAGCAGAGAUGUCUCACUAUUUCUCAGAGGAGUAUUCCACAUGUGAUGAGCUGGCUAGGACAGGAGAAGCAGAUUUCUCUUUCACAAGCUCAGAUGAUGAGUCUAGAGCUGGGACACCUUCACUAGUAAACUACCUCAAGAAAGCUGGAAAGACAAGUAUCACUGCUACUAGCAAGGUUCAGUCUGUUUCCACAAGCAAAUUAUGGAAACAGUGGGAGAAGUCCAGUGUAGAAACUGCUAUGACCACCACAGCUGCUAAGCCAGCUGAACCAGAACUGCCAGAUUUAGACGAUCCUUCCAUGAACAAGGCUGCUGUGAAGAUCCAAGCUGCUUUCAAAGGCUACAAAGUGAGGAAAGAGAUGAAGCAACAUGAGUGCCCAGUGUUUACUGAGACUUUCAAAGACUUCUCUGGUGAGCCUGGAAGCACUCUGCACCUGGAGUGUGUGGCCCACAGCAAAACUGACAUGAAUGUCCGAUGGCUGAAAGAUGGGGAAGAGCUUUCAGAUGGUCGCUACUACCACAUAGACAACUAUAGUGAUGGGACCUGCUCCUUGAUUAUCGCUGGCCUGGACAGGAAAGAUGCAGGUAAAUACACCUGUGAGGUAUCCAAUAAAUUUGGAAAGGCUUCACACAGUGCUAAGGUGGUUGUGGGCACUCAGGAACCUCAGGUCCUUCUCAAGGAGAAGCAGGCUAAACAUAGCACUGACAGUGAAACAGAGAGCUCAUCUGGCAGUGAGCUGGAUGAUGCUUUCCGGAAGGCAGGAAGGAGACUCCAUAGACUCUUCAGAGCUAAGAUCUCAACAGAGAUAUCUGAUGUGGAGGAAGAGCUCUUUGUCAGUGCAGAUGAAGGGGACAUAGAUGUGGUCGACCAUCAGACAUAUCGUGAGGAUGACCAGUACAUCUACAUCAAGUUUGAAAUCUUGUCUGAGGCAAAAACAGCUGCUACUCGAUUCAGAGAGAUGUUUGGUGCUCUGGGAAUUCCUGUGCAGAUUGACAUUUUGGAACAAGGCCCUAAAAAGAUUGAAUUGCGCAUUGGGAAGGCAUCACCACCCACCCUUGGGAAGUUUGCACUACCAGUAGCAAGACCUCCACCACCUUUGCUGACUUCUGAUACAGCUCCCAUGUUCAUGACUGAGCUCCAAAACCAAGAGGUUCAAGAUGGAUAUCCAGUCAGCUUCGACUGCAUUGUCAUUGGCAAACCACUCCCCACAGUUCGCUGGUUCAAGGAUGGGAAAGCUAUUGAAGAAAAUGAUCACUACAUGAUCAAUGAGGACCAGGAAGGGUGUCAUCAGCUGAUCAUCACAGCUGUGGUCCCCACUGACAUGGGUGUUUACCGUUGCCUCGCUGAAAACAACAUGGGAGUUGCUUCAACCAAGGCUGAGCUGCGAGUGGAUUUGACCAGCACCGACUAUGAGACAGCAGCAGAUGCAACAGAGACAUCAUCUUACUACAGUGCCAAAGAUUAUAUUUCAAGCCGAGAACAGGAGGAAUCCACCACUGAGGAAGAGCAAUUGCCCCAGAUCUUUGAUGAGCUUCAUGAUAUUCAUGUGGCACCUGGAGCAUCACUGGCUAAAUUUCACCUGAAGGUGAAAGGGUACCCGCAGCCUCGUCUCUAUUGGUUCAAAAAUGGACAACCCUUGAAGGCCUCGGAUCGCAUCCUGAAGACUGAUAGGCAGGAAUUCCACUCACUGGAAAUUCGCAAUGUCACUAAGGCAGAUGCUGGCCAGUACUUGAUAUUUGUCAUCAACUCUGCUGGUUCUGCAUAUUCCUCAGCCAGGCUGGUUGUCAAAGAUCCUUAUGAGAAAGAAGAGCCAUCAAAAACAGAUUCCCAUGAGCAGCUGAUACCACCAAGGUUCCUAGAAAGAUUUACUAACAAAAAGGUGAAAAAAGGUGCAAGCAUCACAUUGUCUGUGAAAGUUGAAGGACAUCCACCACCAACUAUUACUUGGAUGAAAGAAGAGGCUCGGGAAGACAUCCUGUGGAUCAAACCAGACACUCCUGGAUAUAAACUUGCCAGUUCAAACCUGCAUCACAGUCUGAUCCUGUUGGAUGUCAAAAAGAAGUACAGUGGAGCUUACACAUGUAUUGCUACCAACAAGGCUGGUCAGUCCAUCUGUACUGCCAACCUGGAAGUGGCAGAUGUGAAAGAGGCUGAAGUUCUGACCCAGGAGCGUGUGAUGGUGUCAGAAGCCAUCAUGACCACACUGGGAACUAUUCAUUCCUCAGAAACAAGAGAAGGAGACCUUGAAGGUGGCAAAGAAGGUGUCCCCAAAAGCCCUAUUUCAUUAGCUGAUGUUGGCUCAGAGGAGUUCUUCCAGAAACUCACCUCACGUAUCUCAGAAAUGGUAUCUGCAAAAAUAACUCAGGCUAAACUUCGAGUCCCAGGUGCAGAAAGUGAUGAUGAAUCAAAAACUCCCUCUGCAUCUCCUCGCCAUGGACGAUCCAGACCUUCAUCCAUUGCUCAGGAGUCCUCCUCUGAAUCUGAAGAUGGGGAUUCCAGAGGAGAGAUCUUCGAUGUCUACAUGGUCACUGCUGACUACAUACCUGCUGCACCUGACAGGGAGACCAUCACUCUGAAGGAAGGACAAUAUGUGGAAGUCCUUGAUUCAGCUCAUCCUCUGAAAUGGCUGGUCAGGACUAAACCCACCAAGUCUAGUCCCUCUCGACAGGGCUGGGUAUCUCCAGCUUAUCUGGACAAGAAAUUAAAGUUGUCACCAGAGUGGGGAACAACAGAAAUUCCAGAGUUUCCUGGAGAGUUUGUUUCUGAAGAUGAGUAUAAAAGGAAGCUAAGUGUUCUCAUUCAGGAGCUGUUGAUCUCAGAAGAGGAUUACAUUCAAGAUCUACAGUUCCUCCAGACUCAUCACCUUAAGUACACAGAGACCUGUCCCAAUGUCCCAGGAGCUGUUGCCAGCCAGAAAUCCACUAUCUUCAGAAAUAUUGAUGACAUUACUCACUUCCAUUCCAGUGUCUUCCUCCAAAGCCUGCAGAACUGUGACACUGAUGAUGAUGUGGCCAUGUGCUUUAUCAAGCAUGAAGCAGAGUUUAAUAAGUACAUCCAGUACCUGGUGGGAAGGGUACAGGCAGAGUCAAUUGUUGUCAGCAAAGCAGUACAGGAUUUCUACAAGAGAUACACAGAUGAAUUUGUCACUAAUGAAGAUCCUUCACAGCCACUUAUCCCACCACUGCAGCACUACCUGGAAAAACCCAUAAACAGGAUCCAGCAGUAUCAGAUGAUAAUCAAAGAAUUAAUCCGAAACAAAGCAAGAAAUAGCCAAAACUGCACUUUGCUGGAGCAGGCCUAUGCUGUUGUGUCUGCACUCACUCGGAGAGCAGAGAACAACCUCCAUGUCUCACUCAUUGAGAAUUAUCCAGGGACCUUGGAAAGCCUUGGUGAACCCAUCCGGCAGGGUCACUUCAUUGUGUGGGAAGGAGCUCCAGGAGCUAGAAUGGCAUGGAAAGGACACAAAAGACAUGUUUUUCUCUUCAAAAAUUAUAUUGUGAUCUGCAAACCAAAGCGAGACACAAAGACAGACACCUACAGCUACAUUUUCAAGAACAUCAUGAAGCUGAACAACAUAGAUGUGAAUGACCUCGUGGAAGGGGAUGACCGAGCGUUUGAGAUCUGGCAUGAACGGGAGGACUUGGUCCGCAAGUACCUCCUUCAGGCACGUACAGUGAAUAUCAAAAAUUCCUGGGUGAAGGAGAUCUGUGGAAUACAGCAGAGGAUCAGUGAGCCUAUCUGGAUACCUCCAGACUUUGAGGAAGAACUGGCAGACUGUACAGCUGAGCUGGGAGAGACAGUCAAGCUGGCUUGCAAAGUGACAGGAGCCCCCCACCCAUCCAUCAGCUGGUACAAAGAUGGCAAGCCUGUGGAGGUGGAUCCCCAUCACAUUAUAAUAGAAGAUCCUGAUGGCUCCUGCACAUUGAUCUUGGACAACCUGACAGGUGCUGACACAGGACAAUACAUGUGUUUUGCUUCCAGUCCUGCUGGAAAUGCCAGUACCUUAGGAAAGAUCCUUGUUCAAGUUCCACCACGGUUUGUGAACAAGGUUAGAAAUGCUUAUUUUGUGGAGGGUGAAGAUGCUCAGUUUACCUGCACUGUCGAAGGAGCACCUAGGCCUCAAAUCAGAUGGUACAAAGACGGGGUACUGUUGAAGGACUCAAGUAAAUACCAGACUUUCAGUGAACCACGGAGUGGCAUGUUAGUCCUGGUGGUCAAGAAUCCUUCCAAUGAAGAUAUGGGACACUAUGAAUGUGAGCUGACGAACAGAUUAGGGUCUGCAAAAAGUGGAGCAGAACUUUACCACCACACUGCUGCAGCCCUGACCCAGGAGAGGAGAGGAGACCAAGCCAUUACCAUAGAAGUCACUGAACAAGAGACUAAAGUGCCCAAGAAAACCAUCAUCAUAGAGGAAACGAUAACUACUGUGGUGAAGAGCCCAAGACAAAGGGCAAGGGUUUCUCCUGCACGUUCUUCUUCAGGUCAUUCACCUUCUCGCUCCCCAAGAGCAGAGCCAACUCCAGAGCCAGUGUAUGUCUCAAAGAUCAGGCAGCCUGUCCACAGACAUGACCAGGAGGCAACACCAAAGUCUGCUGUUCCCAGACUUUAUGUCACAGAACCAGAGGACAGGCAAGGAGCAGCAGCUAGAGAUGAGGAUGUCAUAGAGACCAAGGUGGAAGAGAAAAAGCCCAAAUGGGUUGAAGUGGAAGAAAUAAUUGAAUUCAAGGUGAAAAAAUCACCAAAACCUGCAAGGAAAAGAGGCUCUUCCCCAGUAAAACAAGAAAAAGAUGACUCAGGGGUGUUGACAUACACUUUUCCCAGCUCAAGGCUGAGGCAUUCCCCAGAAGAUGAUCCAAACACAAACAACUCCAACAAUAAAUUGGUGGAGCAGCCAAAAUCUUUACCUACUGAGAGUCUCUCUGAAGGUGAUAUCCAGCCCCUGGUGUAUACAGCUGAGCAGGAAGGGCCUCAAGUCAGCAAUGAAGACAGGAGCUCCCCAUGUGGGUCUGAACAAUUAGAAAAUGAUUCAUUUAUGGAUUAUGGAACUGAAGGAAAGAGCUUCCAUCAGGAACCAAGUGCUAACUAUGGGUCAGAGGUUGCCUCCCCACUGCUUGCCUGUGGGGGUGAGCCUAUGGUCUUCAGCUUUGAGACAGCUGCUGCAGACCAGCAUGAAAUUGUGUUCUCAUUAGGGAGUCCAGAGGUUAAGGAAGAGGUAGAUGAACUGGACAUGUCUUGGCCUGUUGAAGAGGGAGUACCCGAAGUAAUUCAAGACAUCCUUCCUGAAGAGGAUAAUGUCAUAGUUGAUGAGCCAGAGGAACUACAGACAGAUGACAUUAGCACCCGGGACCGCAAGAUUUUAACCCACAAUGGCAAACUACUAACUCUGGAGGAUCUUGAAGAUUAUGUUCCUCAGGAAGGUGAGACCUACAGGUGUGAUGAUCAGAAGCUCAUGGCAGAGAAACCCUGUGAGAUCUCCGUGCUCCAGACAGAGAUCAAUGAGUUUUUUUUUUGA